AUGACACGGGUUUGGUUGGGCUUCCUGCUUUGGCUCUCCAACCAUCCGAGGUGGACCUACUGUAGAGGACCCCCUUGGUGGUCCCUUCUUGUCUGGCCUCUGCUUCUUCGCCUUCCUCUCAGCGUCCACGCCACGACCUUCAAAGUCGGCGUGAUAGGUCCCUGGAAGUGUGACUCCAUCUACGCCCGAGCCUACCCCGAGGCAGCCGCCAAGUUGGCCGUGCGUCGGAUCAACCAGGACCCAACCUUAAACAAGGGAUACUGGUUCGAUUACAUCCUCCUCAACGAAGACUGCCAGACCUCCAAGGCGCUCACGGGCUUAGUCAACGCAGAAUACUACGCCUCUGGUUUCGUCGGUCCGGUUAACCCAACGGUCUGCCAGGCCGCUGGGAUGCUGGGCAAAACUUGGAACAAGCCCAUCUUCUCCUGGGCUUGCUUGACGGAUGACGCCGAGGUGGGACGUUUCGGGACUUUUGCGCGGCCCUUACCGCAGGCCUCCGCUGUCCUCUACACUGUACUUAAGCACUUCCAGUGGGCUCACGUCGCCGUGAUCACCUCGAAGGAAGAUCUCUGGGUCCAAGUGGGACAAAGCCUGGCUGACUCACUGAGGAACUUUGGCCUGCCCGUCACGGUGAUGACCACCAUGGAAGAUGAACCGAGCGGGGUGGAGGAUGCUCUUCGAAAGAUCAAGAAGGCGAACAACGUACGAGCGGUCAUCAUGUGCAUGCACUCCGUCCUGUUGGGUGGGGAAGAGCAGCGCCUCCUGUUGGAGAAGGCCGAAGAGACGGGCCUGACCAGAGGGAGUUACAUCUUCAUCCCCUACGAUGCCCUGACCUACAGCAUGCCCUACCAGGAGGAGGCCUACGCGGUGCUGGAGGACAACGUCAAAUUACGCUGGGCGUACGAUGCCGUGCUGACCAUCACCGUAGACUCGCCGGAGUAUUCCUUCCGGCAGGCCUUUGAGGAGGCUCAGAAGAGGAGAGAGAUCCCCGGACAGCUCAGCGUGGAGAAGGCCCAUCCUUUGUUCGGCACCAUUUUUAACGCCGUCUACUUCCUAGCCAAGGCCGUGGAAAACGCCCGCCUCUCCGGGAAGAGGGUGGCGGGCACCACCAUUGCUGAACACGCCAAGGACUUUGAGCUGGAAGGGUUUAGCCAGCCGGUGUCAGCGGACCAAAACGGAGGGGCCGAGGUGCCUUACGUCAUCCUGGACACGGAUGGAAGGGGCAGCCGCCUUCACCCCGUUUACAAAGUCGACCUGGCCGCCGGGAUCCUGCGUUUCACCGGACGGGGCGUCCAUUGGCCUGACAACACCAAGCCAGCUUCGGACUCCAGCUGUUGGUUCAACCGCGGCACCAUUUGCGCCGGGGGCGUGGGUGUCGGUUUUGUUUUCCUCCUCUUCCUCAUUGUUACUCUCUUGCUCCUGGGUGGAUCUGUUCUGGCUUACUAUCUCCGGUGCCAACUUCAGCAUGCCAAUCUCACGAAGGGACCCAACAAAAUUGCCCUGACUGCGGAGGACCUGACCUUCAUCGAUCUCCCAAACGGCGGGAAGAAGAUGGAUGACAGUCCUGGGGGAAAUUGCUCGGAGAAGAAAAGCUUGAAAAAUGGGGCGGAUCAGGAGAACAACAUAGCUGUGUUUGAGGGUGACUGGGUGUGGCUGAAAAGAUUCCCCGGAGGAAAGAGCAUGGAAAUCAAACCAACCACGGAAAAAGUUUUUUGCAAGCUGCGGGACCUGAGACACGAAAACCUAAACCUUUUUAUAGGCUUCUUCCAUGACGCUGGGAUUUUUGCUGUCGUCUCAGAGCACUGCGCCCGCGGGAGCCUCGAGGACCUUCUCCGUAAUGAGGACAUGAAACUGGACUGGAUGUUCAAAUCCUCCUUGCUGCUGGACCUUAUCAAGGGAAUGAAGUAUUUGCACCAUCAGGAAUUCCCUCACGGCCGGCUGAAGUCUCGGAACUGCGUGGUGGACGGCCGUUUUGUCCUGAAAGUCUCGGAUCACGGAUACAACGAAUUGUUGGAGGCUCAGAAAGUGACCCGGGAUCCGAUGAAGCCUGAGGACCGUUUCUGGACGGCGCCGGAAUUGUUGAGGAACCCGGCGCUGGAACGGAAAGGCACCUUCCGGGGAGACAUUUAUAGUAUCUCCAUCAUUAUUCAAGAAGUCAUCUGCCGCGCGGCGCCUUACUGCAUGCUGGAGAUGAGCCCGGAAGAGAUCAUCAAGAAGGUGAAGAAGCCCCCUCCUUUUUGCCGCCCCUCAGUCUCCAUCGACCAAGCGCCGGUGGAGUGCAUCCAGCUGAUGAAGGAAUGCUGGAGUGAACAGCCGGAAAGGAGACCCAACAUCAAUCAAGUCUUUGAUCAGUUUAAGGGCAUCAACAAAGGUAGGAAGACCAACAUCAUUGACUCCAUGCUACGGAUGCUGGAGCAAUAUUCCAGCAACUUGGAAGACUUGAUCCGGGAGAGGACCGAAGAGCUGGAAGUCGAGAAGCAGAAGACCGACAAGUUGCUGACGCAGAUGCUGCCCCCUUCUGUGGCCGAGGCCCUGAAGACGGGUGCGCCAGUGGAGCCCGAAUAUUUCGAAGAGGUGACCUUAUAUUUCAGCGACAUUGUGGGCUUCACCACCAUCUCGGCCAUGAGUGACCCCAUUGAGGUGGUUGACCUGCUCAACGAUCUGUACACCCUCUUUGAUGCCAUCAUUGGCUCCCAUGACGUUUACAAGGUGGAGACCAUUGGCGACGCCUACAUGGUGGCUUCUGGGCUGCCGAAACGGAACGGGAACCGACACGCGGGUGAAAUCGCCAACAUGUCCCUCGAUAUCCUCAGUGCCGUUGGCACUUUCAAGAUGCGCCAUAUGCCAGACGUACCUGUCCGGAUACGCAUCGGCCUGCACUCUGGGCCUUGCGUGGCUGGCGUGGUGGGACUGACCAUGCCACGCUACUGUCUCUUCGGGGACACGGUCAACACUGCCUCGCGGAUGGAGUCCACCGGCCUUCCUUAUCGAAUCCAUGUCAACCUGCGCACGGUCGAGAUCCUGCAUGCCCUCAAAGAAGGCUACAAGCUCGAUUUACGAGGGAAAACGGAACUGAAGGGAAAAGGCACGGAAGACACUUACUGGCUGAUCGGUCGGGACGGCUUCAGCAAACCCAUCCCUACGCCCCCUGACCUGAAGCCAGGGGCAAGCAGCCACGGCAUCAGCAUGGAUGAAGUUCCUGAGGACCGGAGGCAGAAGCUACAGAAAGCUCGUCAGGGACAGAAAAUGUAA